CUUUUUUUAUUUUUAUUUUUUGACUAAAAUAAGGUAUGCAUAUUUUUAUUAGGUCUCAUUUGGGUGUGUGAUGUAUCAAAUGUUACAACUAGUCAACUCAAUUCAAAACCAACUUUUCCAACUAGAUGAUGAAGCUGCUCAAUAUGUUGGAUUUUUAUCAUCUUUUCUUUUUUGAGUUAACUUAGUAGCCAAACGUGGCCUUGAAGAGGUUCUGUCCACUUUUGAUCUGUGACAAAGCCAAAAUUAUGAUUCUGCUUUUGGUUCUUCAUGAGCUUGAGAACAACUGUUUCAAGGUAUGGAGUUGGGUCAGCGACAUGGCUUAGGGACGGACUUUGACCCGAUUUUCUUUUAAUAGGGACAGUAUUGUGCUUUCUUCACUCAGAGUGCUGCUUGAACAUGGGCUCUAUAAUUCGAUAUCAUAAUCUGUUUGAGACUAGACGACUAGUAUGUCUAUUGGGAGUGAUUUUUGGCCUUGCUUUGAUGAUUCAGUAUUUUGGUUUUCCAUAUGGUUAUGCCUUGUCUUCCAUAUUUACUGCCAAUGGGGGUCAAAUAAGCAGCUCGCAAAGAGUAGAUCAAUCUGGCACAAAGUUCUCUGAUGCAAAUAAUGAAGAGGUAGAGGAUGGUUCUAUGCCUCCAAUGAAUGAACGUUCUGGCGAUGGUGAUACCUUAACUGAGGACAUUGACCCUGAGGAUGAAUCCCCUUUUAAGGAUUCGAAACUGGACAACAAGUCAAAUGUGGAAACUUUAGGAAGAAAUAGUAGCUUACCUCCAGAUAAGGCUGUUGACUCUGAAAAUGAUUUACAAGCAUCAAAUGGUACAUCUGAAAGUUCUUUAUCGCGUGUGGUUGAUACUGAUGGAGGAGGCAGUAUUUCUCCAGCGCCGAUGGAAGCUAAGUCGUGGGAGAUAAGUCCCACAGUAUUGUCUAUUGCACCACCACCAUUGGUUGUAACACCUCAGGUCAAUUUUGAUGCAAAGAAAGAAGCUCCUUUGAUAACUUCCUACCAGAACAUAUCUGAAAAAGAAGGAAAUACAGGCCAUCUACGUGAAAGUGAUAACUUACCUGUGCAAAAACACACUGACCAUGCUCCUAUAGUCGGUCAUAAAAUUCCUGUUAUGAAGGAGUCUGACAAGCCAAUAGAUAGUGUUGUAUCAAUAGCUGAAAUGAAUGUUAUGCAGCAAGAAACUCGCACAUCAUUUCGUUCGAUGAUACCACGGUGGUCCUCGGAUGUAGAUCAAGAACUACUACAUGCAAAAAAUGUCAUUGAGAAUUCUCCUCUAGCAGGAAAUGAACCUGGCUUAUAUGCUCCUUUGUAUAGAAAUAUGUCAGUGUUUAUGAGGAGCUAUGAAUUGAUGGAGCAGAUUCUCAAAGUUUACAUUUAUGCAGAAGGUGCAAGACCAGUAUUCCAUACGCCAGUGCUUAAAGGAAUAUAUGCUUCUGAGGGUUGGUUUAUGAAGCUCCUGAAAAGAAACAAGAAAUUUGUUACCAAGAACCCCAAAAAGGCUCACUUGUUUUAUCUACCGUUCAGCUCCCGUAUGCUAGAGGAGACCUUAUAUGUCCCUGAUUCUCACAGUCGCAGGAACUUAGUUCGAUAUUUAAGUGAUUAUCUCGACGUCAUUAUCCAAAGACAUAACUUUUGGAACAGAACUGCUGGAGCUGACCAUUUUCUUGUUGCCUGCCAUGAUUGGGCCCCUGCAGAAACAAAAAGAAUCAUGGCUAAUUGCAUAAGAGCUUUGUGCAAUGCUGACAUCAAAGAAGGCUUCCAAUUCGGUAAAGAUGUAUCCCUUCCAGAAACAUAUAUACGUGUAGAGAAGAAUCCCCUUAGAGAAAUUGGGGGAAAACGUCUUUCUAAGAGACGGAUUCUUGCUUUCUUUGCUGGCAACAUGCAUGGUUACCUUCGUCCUAUCCUAUUGAACAACUGGGAAAACAAAGAUCCUGACAUGAAGAUUUUCGGCAAGAUUAGUAAAGUAAGCUAUGUCCAGUACAUGAAGAGCAGCAAAUACUGCAUAUGUGCAAAAGGUUAUGAAGUCAACAGUCCUCGAGUGGUGGAGGCCAUCUUCUACGAGUGUGUCCCAGUGAUUAUAUCAGAUAACUUCAUACCCCCAUUUUUCGAGACUUUGAACUGGGAGGCUUUUGCCAUUUUUGUUCCAGAGAAGGACAUUCCAAAACUGAAAGACAUACUCCUAUCAAUUCCAGAUAGGAGAUAUCGUGAGAUGCAGCAAAGGAUUAAGCUGGUGCAGCAGCAUUUCCUUUGGCACGUCAAGCCCGUAAAGUAUGAUAUUUUCAACAUGAUUCUCCAUUCAAUAUGGCACAACAGAGUUUUUGGAGUAAGAACUAGGUGACAAAUGUACACACACAGAGAGUUUCAAAGUUUUAGAUGUUUUAGUGCAGCUUUCUUUUGAGAAAUAUGUAAAAAGUUGCAUCAGUGUAUCUUAUUAUUUCCUGUAAAUAGACUUGAGAAGAAACAAUUUGUUCUUUCUUUUUCUUGCAUAUCUCUACUUGUUUAUUCUUCUCUUA